AUGCCGGAUUCGAAGCCACGGGAGCUGCUUGUUCAGGUGCUGAAGGACUUCUAUGAUCAACGGCUGGUGGAUGAGGGCAGGGAGAUCCGCCUGGAGGAUUUGGCCAAGAAGAUGGGAAUGCCAGAGAAGAAGUUUCAGAAGAUGAUGAAAAAGGGUGUUGUUCCCGUGGAGUUCAGCUUCGUGGAUGCGGAGAAGGGCCUGGAUGCGAAAACCUUCAAGAAGGACACCAACUUCCUGUUCUGCAGAGACUGGAUUUGUGUCUUUGGACACCGGAGAGUGACAUCAAAGGAGACCCAGGCUGCGCUUGUGGACGUGGCCAAAUGCUGGAAGCUGUGCAACCCUGAUGAUGAUGUGGAGGACUGGUUGGUGUUGAAGAUGUGA